GCCCUAAAAUGUGUCCAGGAAUCCAUUAUGGAUCUGGCUGUUCUAACAGGAAGUUUGUAUCUGGUUUGAGGAGUUUUAAGUCAACACCUUUAGUUAGGGAGUCAACCAAUAGUCAGACAUCAUGAGCUUGGAGGAUCAGAGGAGGUUGCUUGGUGGUUAGACUUGCUAAUUGCACAUUAAUUGGGCAAAUCCUGAAAUCAUGGCAUGGAGUUUAACCUCAGGGCUAGGGUUCACACCCCCCUGUACACUUUCCUUAUCUUUGCUAGCCUGGUUUUGUGAAGUCCAGGCCUAUAGAUCCAUCACCAAGCCAUGUCUGAUUAAUGUCACAGCUUUACUGAGUUACUAAUUGCUCCACCUGUGCUCAAACUGAGGGUGUUUCUAGCUGUGCGUGUGGAACAUUUGGAGUAGUACCUGUCUGAUUCAAGUAUGGAAACCAUAUGUUCGCCCCUUGAAAUAUUGUCCUGUUCAGAGGGCUUGAAAUACAAACAGGACUUUAAUGCGUGGAAUGACUAUUUGGGGCUUUCUGCUCUGAUCCGUGGACUACAGCACUCCGGAGUAAGAGGAGAAAGCCACCUUUACCGGCCAUUGGUUGAGUUUCCUCCAAAGAAGCCGGUUAUGACUGAGAUGCAAGGUUGUGGCUUCUGCAGAAACAACCGUGAGGCAGCAGAGAUUUAUAGCAACCAUCGCCUGAAAGGGACAGAUGGAAGGAUCCUAUGCCCUAUCCUGAGGUGCUAUACCUGUCCUCUCUGUGGUGCUAAUGGGGACAACGCGCACACCCUGAGGUACUGCCCAAUGAAAUUAUCUGUGGCUGGAAUGAGGCGCUGGAAUGGCCUCCAAGACCUCUGUGGCUGGAAUAACCUCGGGCCUUCUGUGACUUUAAUAAAGAGCAAAAAUGAGCAAACUGUUCAGAAAUGUUUUCUAAACAAAAAAAUGUAAUCCCCUCAUUUUGCGGUGGACCUUGUGGCAACAGACUCAACUUUUAUUUUAUUUUUAUUUUUUUUAAAUCACUUUUCAAUAUUUUUCUAGGAACUAAUCGUGCCUAGAACAGCCAUCACCCCACAUUGAAAGGUUUUGGUAUUUGUCACCUCAUUUCACAAAGUCGUGUUUUUUUGGUUUGUUUUUGUGUGGACACAGCACUCAAUGACUUUUCACGUUUGACACCCUUAUUUAAAGUUUAUAUUUUAACACAAAUCUUAAGUGCUCCUGGCAAUCCCUUUUACUUGAACACUGGUUUAUUUUGUUUAGCAGACACUUCUUUCACUCAAAACUUCACUGAGUUAUUCACAACCUAAUGAAUUUUUUGGAAUUCAAAGUACACUUCAGUUGUCGACUAGAAUAGCUGUAUGGAAAACGGACUUGGAGAAACCCUCAGCUGUUCCAGACUAACCCUUGAUUUACACUGAAUUCAGUUUCUGCCACAUUCCUAGACCAUUUUCUAUGACUUUUUAUCAUUCAAGCUUUAUUUAACUGUAUUUUACUUGUGGGUAUUAGUUCUGCUGUUAUGUACUAAAAUAACAGGGUAACUUUAAGUUAAAUAUCUGAUUUACAGAGGGGAAAGUAUCCAUGCCCAGUGACCUGGUUAUUUACUAAAGAAUUACAUUACGGUCCAAGUACCCCAAACAAAAGCCGGGAUACUUUUUCCAG